CUUUAUUCGUCUCUUGCAUAGGCUUUAGAUAUUGCAUAAUGUCUGGACGUGGUAAGCAGGGCGGCAAAGCUCGCGCCAAGGCCAAGACCCGCUCUUCGCGGGCCGGUCUCCAGUUCCCCGUGGGCCGAGUGCACCGCCUGCUCCGCAAGGGCAACUACGCCGAGCGGGUCGGGGCCGGCGCGCCGGUGUACCUGGCGGCGGUGCUGGAGUACCUGACGGCCGAGAUCCUGGAGCUGGCGGGCAACGCGGCUCGCGACAACAAGAAGACGCGCAUCAUCCCGCGCCACCUGCAGCUGGCGAUCCGCAACGACGAGGAACUCAACAAGCUGCUGGGUAAAGUCACCAUUGCUCAGGGUGGUGUCCUGCCCAACAUCCAGGCCGUGCUGCUGCCCAAGAAGACUGAGAGCCACCACAAGGCCAAGGGCAAGUAGGAAGGCCUCAAUAGUAACGCAAUUUUGAGCAAAGAACCAAAGGCUCUUUUCAGAGCCACCUACUUUGUCUGCGGAGGAGCUGCGAUAAUACUUUGACCUACUCCCGUUGUCACUGUUGACUGGGGGAAGAGAAUUUCGUGUAACUUGUUUGGCAAGCAAUUUGAAGUCAUUUAUCAGGUGUAGAUUUUAUAUGCUCUUAGACGUCUAGUCAUGUCUAAGGAAUGUGACGAAUCAGGAGCUUUGGUAAAGUACAGUAUCAAUCAAAUGGAGAAAUGUACAGGUGCAGGUAGCUUGGUCCCGAAGGAAACAAGAGGUUCCCAAGUUUGAAUUGAAAGAAUUGACCAAUCGGAACUUGGCGCGGGCUAUUUAAUUCAAAGUGAGUGUGUCCUUGUAGCUAACACCCUAGAAAUCAGGACCUCUAUACCAGUAGUAACCCAUGCUCUAUGUAUUCUUGGGACAAUUUUGCAGAAGUUGCCUAAUCAAGGCCGUUUUCUGGCUUUAGAUCUUGAGAAGGUAUAGAAAGGAAGCUUUCAAUCUCUAAAUAGAAAAAGCUGAAAUAGACAGGGGGAAGCGACAAACUGCUUUGGAAGGGGGUUGAGAAAGCAAUGUGGUUUUAGUAUAACAGUACUGUGUGCAGCUAUUUUUAGAGAUCUCUGGGUGGCUCUGAAAAGAGCCUUUGGGGUUUGCUUUUU